AUGCAUAUUUUCUCGAGAUCAAGUCUGGUGGAGACUAUGAUUAAGAACUUUCGACAGGCUGCCGGUAUUAGAAAUGUCUAUCGGAGUGCAUCUACAGAUGUUCUUGGGGAAGCAAAAGCCUUGCAGUUGGAAGGCGUGGACAGAUUUGUCGCGGAAAAGCCAGGUCUGAUACUGGACCUGCGGUCCAAAAAUGAAAUCAACGAACCAUUGGCAUGCAAGUGGAUGGCGGAGCAAGGAAUCCAGUUGAUAGAAUCGGGAACACUGGACUCCUAUGAUGAUAUAGAAAAACGGAGAACUGUUGUACGGAUCAACGUCUUAUCUGUACCGCGUCUGAUAGACUUUGUCGAUCGGGAUUGGUUGAAUGAAACAGAACUACGAAAGGCAGCUGAAUUGCAGAAUGCCGGCUCGGCCCAAGGACAAAUGAUGCUUCGAAUUGAGAAAUUGAAUGAACGUGGCCUUUUCGGAUUGAAUCAAAUCAUCUUAGAAUCUGGAGGUGCGGAACUGUGUAGGGCAUUGAAGAUCAUUGCGGUACGGCUAGAAGAAAAUCCUGACGAUGUCAUACUAAUUCAUUGCGUUCAAGGCAAAGACAGGACUGGAAUGUUGGUGAUGUUGCUGCAAUCUAUUUCGGGGGUCUCGGACGAUGUCAUUGUCGAAGAUUACUUUGCAUCCGACAAUAGGUCAUUAAACGUUGGCUCAGCAGCAGCGACAGCAGCCUUGGGGAAACGGCAGUAUGGGAAAUUGGAUGGGACCCUCUUUUCACGAGCCACACCAGAAGCCAUGGUUUCGACUCUUGCGUAUUUGCGUCAAAGAUACGGUACGAUAUCACCUGGCUACCUGGAUUGUAUUGGAUUCAAUAACAAGUGGAGGCGGAGAAUACGCUACCAUUUAAAAAUAUCUCGUCAACCCCCAAGGAGUCGGAUAUGA